CUGAUUGCUAGUAUCGAUAAAAUGCCUUAUAGUUCCUUGUCCAACUCCUAUUCUUAUCUCAGCGAGCAAGAUAAUGAUUACCAUUUUUUACCCGAUUUAGAUGAUUUAUGCCGCGAAGGAGGAACAAAAACAGUUAAGCAAGCAAAAAGAGAUGGCGGAGAAAUUGUUGAAAGCCUUAGAAGAGGAAAGCCAAAAUCGACAAGAACAAGUUUGAUAUCAGAAAAUAAAUUGAAAAAAAUAUGGACUGAUUGGUGGAAUAGUUUUAGCGGUGGUGUUUAUUGUUAUAUGAGUAAUAAAGAUAAUAAGGAAAAAUGGUUAUAUGCUCCUGAGUUUGGAUUAUUGGCUGUUGAUUAA